AUGAGCUCCUGCCUCCUCUCAUCCGCCGCGUUGCCCGCCUCCUGGACAUCGUCCUCCAAGCGGGUAUCGUCGUCGAAGGCAGUCCCUGUCGAGAAGAAGGCUGGCAGCCACCGUCCUAGCAAGAAGACGGCCGCUGGUAAGGCACACGGUCCACGGGCGCACCGCUCUGGCCUCCCUCUCUUUUCGCCCCCGGUGUACCCGCGCGCCCCCGCCGCUAACGGCGCUGUGCCUGACCUCCCUUCGACCUCGGUCGCUCCCAUCGGCGAGAUGAGCGGCCAGGACUUAGGUACCCACAAGCGGCUGCAAGCGGUACGCGCAAUCUACCUGUCUCCCCUGUAUCGCGACUUCGCUAAGCACUUCUCGCUUUUGCUUCCGCAGGGUUUCAAGCCCCUCCAAGAGCCUUCGGACGACACCCCCGCCGACGGUCCUUUCGUGCCCUCGCCUUCCGCCGAGGACCCUUGCCCCUACUGGCCUAUCACCAAAGCCAGUUUCCUCGGCUACGUCGACUACGAGGUUGAGUGCUUCCGUCGCGAGUUUACUCAUAGGUUCCGCCAGUCCUUGUCCGAUGAACGAGUCAAUCCGCAGUCCAUGCUCCCUGGCCUCUCGAAGGACGAAGCGGUCGCUUUUCGCGCGCUGCUUCAGACGCAGAUCCUCUUCAAAGCGCGGGCCGAAGUGUACGGCGCCAUGACCGCCGGAGCUACCGCCGGUCUCGCCGGCUUCUUGCAGCAGUUGCGCAGCUUUUUGGACCAGGUGAUCGUCCGCUCCGAUGCAGGCCUCGCCGCCCUGACGCGCGAUGCCACCGCCGACGCUGCCUCCUCUGCUGGCCCAUCUACACUCCGCGAGGCCCCGCCGCCGGUCCCCUUCGUUGAAACCGCCCUUGCCACGAACACCGAGUCCAUGGCUCGCACCUUCUCCGCCUGA